AUGGUGGAUUUCAUCCUGGCCGUUGAUGACCCUCUAUCCUGGCAUGCGGAGAACUUGAGACAUAACCGAGCCCACUAUUCGUCCCUCUUCGCCACAUUCGGCUGCCGAGCUAUUGUGGCUGCAGCAGACAGGGUGGGGGUGGGAGUGCACUUCAAUCCGUUCGUUCCGCACUCACCACUCAACCAGGUCAAGUACGGGGUGAUUGCCACAAGGGCUCUGCAGUCAGAUCUCGCCACGUGGCAGCACCUCUACAUCAGUGGUCGCCUUCACAAGCCUUGCUGGCUCUACUGUUUCCACCAUGACAAAGGGUAUGAUUUCACUUCUCCAGGCUCCACUGUUUAUCAUGAGCUGUAUGAGGCGAUUUGUCGCAUUUCAUACGCAGGCGAUGUGCGCAUGGCACUAGCUGAAGACCCCAACAAGAUUAGCAGAAUCGUCUCCGGUGGUUUCCAUCACUUCCGCUCGCUCUAUCGCUCCUCUCUCCAGCAUUUUGUUGAUUCGGGCUGCCUUUUUUUCGAUCCUGCUGAGCCACUCGCAACAGGAACUCAAUCAAUAGGACAGGAAUAUUCAACCUCUGGCCGUCAAUUCCUCCUCCAGAAAUUCCCAGCCUCCAUCCUCGCCUCCCUCUCACAUCGCUUCCUCCCUACUCCACCUAACAUUCCUCCUCGCUCCCCCCUCGCAUCUGACUUUCACAAAGGCUCGGCCCCUCCCAUGUCCAAGUUGUGGGAAAAAACACCAAAUAUGCAGACGCUGACCCAGCCUAGUGUUGCCACGUCAGCAGCUCUCUCACACCGCCUUGCUCUGAGUGUCUCCAGAAAGGUGCUGUGUGCUGAGCUGGCAGCUGAGCUGGCGAGGCGAGUGCGCACAGCCAGUGCCAGGCAAGCCGUAGCAGGAGUGCUAGCAGCAGGUCCUGCACAUGCCAUGAGGUAUCUUUCAAAGAAGCUAGCCAAGGCAUGGAUGAAAUCAUAG